CUCUGGAGUUCUGAAGGAAAUCGACCCCUUGACAGCGGCAGUGCAGUUGGGGGCCAAGGCGUGGGGAGGAGGAACACCGCCCCUGGCUGUGGACAGAUCUGAAUGGAUCCUCCUCCACCUUCACCCACCUUUGGAAGAAGAACCUGCAGAAAGAGCAUGGCUCCUGAGCAAAGGGAAGCGAGGUCUCAAGUGUCAGUGACAUUUGAAGACGUGGCUGUGCUCUUUACUCGGGAUGAGUGGAAGAAGCUGGAUCCCUCUCAGAGGACCCUGUACCGAGAGGUGAUGCUGGAGAACUACAGCAACCUGGCCUCGCUGGCAGGAUUCCUGUUUACCAAACCAAAGGUGAUCUCCCUGCUGCAGCAAGGAAAGGAUCCCUGGAAAGUGGAGAAAGAAGGUCCCAGAGGCUUCUCUCUCGGAUUGAAGCUCAGUCACAGAACCACAAAAUCAACUCAAACCCAAUAUCAGGAAUUGAUUAUGAGAAAAUCUAAAAGAAAUGAACCUUUGAGCAUGAAGUCAGAAAACCUUUUCAUGUAUGAAGGCAAAUUAGAGGAAAAGCAGGAUAAGAAUACUUUGACUAUAGAAAGAAUCCAUAAAAGCAAUUAUCUUAGCCCAAAGUCACAUAGAGAAAAAAGAUCACCAGAAUGUAAAAAACGAAACACUUUCAAGAAGACAUCAUUUUUAUCUAAUCAAUCAAAGAUCACUCCAGAUAAACGCUAUAAAUGUAGUAUGUGUGAGAAGACGUUCAUCAACACCUCAUCUCUUCGUAAACAUGAGAAAAACCAUAGUGGAGAGAAAUUAUUUAAAUGCAAAGAAUGUUCAAAAGCCUUUAGCCAAAGUUCAGCCCUUAUUCAACAUCAAAUAACUCAUACUGGAGAGAAGCCUUAUGUUUGCAAAGAAUGUGGCAAAGCCUUCACUCUCAGUACAUCCCUUUAUAAACAUCUAAGAACCCACACUGUAGAGAAGUCCUACAGGUGUAAGGAAUGUGGUAAAUCCUUUGGCCGAAGGUCAGAUCUUUUUGUACACCAGAAAGUCCAUGCUGGAGAAAAUUCUCAUAAAUACAACCCAGGUAGGAAGGCAUCCACGUCCCUUCCAGGAUGUCAGAGAACUCACUCCAGAAAGAAGACCUACUUAUGUAAUGAGUGUGGCAAUACCUUUAAGUCUAGCUCAUCCCUUCGUUACCAUCAGAGGAUCCACACUGGAGAGAAACCUUUCAAAUGUAGCGAGUGUGGCAGAGCCUUCAGUCAGAGUGCCUCGCUUAUUCAACAUGAGAGAAUUCACACUGGAGAAAAGCCCUACAGAUGUAAUGAAUGCGGAAAAGGCUUCACUUCCAUCUCAAGACUCAACAGACACCGAAUAAUUCAUACAGGAGAGAAGUUUUAUAAUUGUAAUGAAUGUGGCAAAGCCUUAAGUUCCCACUCAACUCUUAUUAUUCAUGAAAGAAUUCACACUGGAGAGAAACCAUGCAAAUGUAAAGUUUGUGGGAAAGCCUUCAGACAGAGCUCAGCUCUGAUCCAGCAUCAGAGAAUGCAUACUGGAGAAAGACCCUAUAAAUGUAACGAGUGUGGGAAAACAUUCAGAUGUAACUCAUCCCUAAGUAACCAUCAGCGGAUUCAUACUGGAGAGAAACCAUAUCGAUGUCAGGAGUGUGGGAUGUCAUUUGGUCAAAGUUCAGCUCUUAUUCAGCACCGAAGGAUUCAUACUGGUGAGAAACCCUUUAAAUGUAACACCUGUGGGAAAACUUUUAGGCAAAGCUCUUCACGUAUUGCACAUCAGAGAAUUCAUACUGGAGAGAAACCCUAUGAAUGUAACACAUGUGGGAAGGUUUUCAACCAUAGGUCAUCCCUUACCAAUCAUUAUAAAAUUCAUGUGGAUGAGGACCCUUAAAAAGUAGAUUUGCAUGUGUAAAAGCCUUAAACCAAAGCUCUUCAGAGAAAGUGCUUGAGAGAUGAAAUAAGCGUAAUGAAUAUGGGGACCUGUGCUUAUUUAGUUUUCCUCAACUAACCCUCGGAUAAAUUUUGUGCAACAGGUAGGAGGAAAGUAUCCAUGCUUGAAAGACGCUUUUAAAAAUUACUUGAGAUGCAGGCAUAGUGCUUCAUACAUGUAGCCUGAGCUACUGAAAACCCUGAGGCAUGAGGAUUGCUUGAGUCCAUGAAUUUGAAGCAGCCUGAGCAAUCCUAGGGAGAGCCUGUCUCAAAAAAAUCAGUAACCUAAGAUGAAGAAUUCACAACUGAAGACUCGGGCGUCUAUAAAACGGUGUUUUUCUCUCUGGAGCUGUGUAAUCGUAAGCAUGUAAGUACACAGCGAAAUGUGGCAGACUCCACAGAGAGACACUAAACUACACUGGUAUUUUUCAUAACAUUUAAAUAACAUCCCAAAGGGAUCAAAGAAAUUAUACAUUUUUAAGAAAAAAAAAAAAGGGCCAAAAUAAAACAUUGAAA